AAGAAAUCGAAGCGCUUAAGCUUCGGAUUGAACUCGCGAAAAUCGAGUCUAAGUCCAAGGAAACAGAACGGCAGAAGGCGGAAAUGGAGUCUAAGGCCAAGGAAACAGAACGGCAAAAAGCUGAAUCUGAGGAGAGGAAAGCGGAAGCUGAGGUCAGAAAGACGGAAAUUGAGUUAGAGCGGGAUAGGUUACAAAAGGGGACCCGAGACGCCGAGGAUAAUAUCGGCAAAGCAAAUUUUGACGAUUACGCUUGUAGGGUAAAGGCGGCACUGCCUAAAAUGCCAGAAGAGGAGGAGGCAGUACCAUCCUGGUUUCGUAUGGUCGAAGUAGUUUUGGAGACCUACGAGGUCCCGGUAGAGUUACAGGGACAAAUAGUUUUGAGCGUGCUAUCAGAAAAAUGUAAAGCGGCGCUGACAAGAUUGUCAGUGGAUAAGGUCAAACAUUACCCUUCCUUGAAGGAGUUUAUUCUCGAAGAGUUGAGAAUCUCACCUGCGGAAUACCUAAAGGGAUUUAGGCGGGCGGAACGCUAUCCGGGAGAAACAUGGCCGCAAUUUGCGUCGCGUCUGGAAGACCUUUACAAAUACUACGUAGAUAGUAGGGAGGUGGGCACGGUAGAAGAAAUUAUUAAGCUAGCAGUAGGGGAUCAAAUAAAGACGCUCCUACCUCAUGACGCAAGGAAAUAUGUGAUAUUACAGGAAGGGAAGGGAUGGGGCAAACCUGCGGAAUUGGCCAGGUUUAUAGAGAAGUUUGACGAGGCGUCAAGUAGCAUGUCCCCAACCAAAAGCGAGAGAAACGGCGAACAAAGGGACUCGUGGAGAGAGACGAAAGGGAAAUCUAGUCCCGUGACGCAGACUAUAGAUGAACAACCCCACAAAAAUGGUUGUUAUGUUUGCGGGAAAACGGACCAUUGGAGGAGAAACUGUCCGAAACGGAAGGCACAUAGUGAGCCUAAACAGGCGCGGCUCGUGGCUACUAGUAACAAUUCCCAGGAUGAGAGGCGUUUAGUAGCGAGGGUAACGUCGUAUGACCAACCAAAGGUCAUAACAGCGCCGAAUAAAGUCAAAUUGGCAUGCGGCAGAAACUGUCUUUCGGCCAUAGUUGACUCUGGAGCUGGGAUUUCGGUUAUAAGAGAGGCGUUGGUACCUACCUCGGUGAUGGAAACGAAGGGGAGAAUCCAAUUGGUUGGGCCCUUCGGUCACCAGAUCGAUGCGGUGUUAGUAUCGGUCCCGAUAGGGCUGUGGGAGAAAGACUUCGCAGGGUCGCGAAGGUCGGAACUGGUGACGUGCGCCUUAACGGACGAGUUAGACCAGACCACGGAUGCCUUGUUAUCGGAGAAGGAUUACCGGAGGCUAGUAGACCGAAAGCAGAAGCUCCAGGGAAAGGGAGAAAGACAAGUGAGGAGCUUAAGGGUAGAUGGUAAUGGAAACCAUCGGGAAAAGGGGCCAGAACCUCUCUCAGAGGCGGCGUGCAGUGAAAAUAGCGACGAAAAUGAGAAAGAAACAGAAUUACGAGACGCUCAAGUCCGGGACGACUCACUUUCUCGAUUGUGGGAGGCCACUAAGCAUAAGAAAGAUGGGUUAACUGUAGAGGACGGGAUACUAUAUCGGCAAGAUAGUUCGUUCGGCAGGCCCGUUAAUCAGGUAGUUGUUCCCCAAAAAACGGAGAACGGAAGUGUUAGAUUUAGCACACAAAGCUCCGUGCGGUGGACAGUUUGGCAGUCGGAAAUUAGCAAGUCGCGUUCGCGAGGGCUUCCAUUGGCCGGGAAUAGCGACCGACAUCCGGAAGUACUGCCAGGAUAGUCGUAGGUGCUUAGUAAGAGCGCCUGAUCUAGUCCUAGAUAGGACUCCAGCUACACCACUUACUCGAUUCUCAACCCCGUUUCAAGUGGUUAACAUAGGCGUGAUUGUACCGAUUGAUCCCUUGUUAUCUAACGGUCAUCGAUACGCAGUUAGCAUAAUCGGAUUAUGCACCCUCUGGUCAGAAGUGGAAGGGAUGAGAUCGCCGUCAGCGAUGGUCACUUGUUCGGUAUUGUUGCGAUUCUUUACGCGGACGAGCUUUCCUAAACUGAUGUGGUACGAUCAGGGGACAAAUUGCUCCGCAGGGAAAUUGCUCCGCGUGAAAUGACCCGUAAGUUAGAAGUAGGGAAUGUAGAGAUGGAUCGGAUCAAAGCGGUUCACGAUAUUGCAACUAAGCAUACGGACGUAAAA